ACUGCUUCAGGACACACCCUCCAUGUUCUCUCUCUCUCUCUCCCCAUGUUCUCUCUCUCUCAUUGUUUUCCACAUUGACUCGCCGCCAGGCUCCGUAUGCGCUUGACAAAUGACCAGCCGGCCGCUUUUUACAUGAGGUGCGCACAAAGAAAAAUAAACUUGGGCCACACGGCCCCCCCAAAAAAUAAUGGGCUAGAAAUGGAAGAUGCUUGAUUAGUUCGGGGCUUGAUUGGUCAGCCUUGAAGAAAGAGGGAGAGUGACCUAAUUGGGAUGAGAGUUCAAGUCAAGUGAGCCGCCAGAUUGGACCUUAAAAGCUGCUGAAAAGAGGAAGGAGAAACAUACAGCCACGCUCCGGUGGUGCGUUUACGGACGCACACCUUUUAGGGGUGGCGCAGGUGUUCGCGCGGGGGCUGGAAAUCAAAGCAGGGAUGAAGUAAGUCGGAACCUGAGGAGGGUGUCAAAGGUUCGGUUCGGAAUAGGAGGAGGAGUGGAGUGGGGGGCCCCACCGCCGCCUCCGACGCCGGAAUGGAGGGCACAAGUCGGGCCGAGACAAGAAGCUUCACCGGGAAGCCCGCCGUCUCACACCCGGGGAGCCUCCACCUGCCACGGGCUGUGAUCUUCCUCGUCGCGCUCGCCAUGCAACCGCAGGCGGUGCGUACGGUGGGGAUGUUCGAGCUGCAGAUCCGUCAUUACCAGAACCCCAAUGGACUCCUGCUGAACGGAGACUGCUGCGACAUCCCGGUCAACGGCGGGGAGCGCUGUUCCUCUCGAGACCAGUGCGACACUUUUUUCCAAGCCUGCCUCAAGGAGUACCAGGCCCGCGUGGUCCCGACCGGAGCCUGCACCUUCGGCUCGGGCAGCACGAGGAUCCUGGGAGGAAAUUCCCAGUCGCUCCACCACCGCGGUCACGACGGAGGAGGAGCAGGAGGAGAUGAUGGGACUAAUGGACUCAUUGUCAUUCCCUUCAAAUACGCCUGGCCGAAGUCCUUCUCUUUGGUGCUGGAGGCUCAGGAUGAUGACAACAGCACAUCACAACCAGAUCAGCUGAUAGAGCGUGUUCUUCUCUCAUCCAUGUUGAAUCCCGGAGAGCAGUGGCAGGCGUACCGCCACCACGGCCGCUACUUCAGCCUGGAGUACCGCCUCCGCUUUCGCUGUGACUCCACCUACUUUGGGCCCUUCUGCAACAAGUUCUGCCGGGCCCGCGACGACUUCUUUGGACACUUCAACUGCGACCCCACCGGUUCCAAGGUCUGCAUAGAAGGCUGGACGGGACCCGAGUGCAAAGAAGCGGUGUGCAGGCAAGGAUGUCACCAGGCCCACGGCUCUUGCACCGUACCUGGGGAAUGCACGUGUCACUAUGGCUGGACGGGGCCUCUGUGCGACCAGUGUGUGACGUUCCCCGGUUGUGUGUACGGGAGCUGCACUGAACCCUGGCAGUGUGUGUGCGAUGUCAACUGGGGAGGUCUGCUGUGUGACAAAGACCUGAACUACUGUGGGACUCACCAGCCUUGUAAGAACGGUGGGACCUGCACCAACACAGAGCCCAACGAGUACCAGUGCGAGUGCCAGAAAGGUUUCAGGGGGCGCAACUGUGACAUUGUUGAACACGCAUGUGUGCUGUCGCCGUGCGUUAACGGCGCCACCUGCGUGGAGGACUCCACGGGCUUCAGCUGUGUCUGCGCCGAAGGCUGGACGGGGAAGACCUGCGCAGACGUGGUGAGGCAGUGCGACCGAAGCCCCUGUGGACGAGGAGCGACUUGUCAAGAGGCUCCAGGAGGUUACCGAUGCCUCUGCCCUUCUGGAUGGAGUGGCAGAACCUGCCAGCUGGACACCGAUGAGUGUGAAAUUAACAUAUGCCUGCACGCCCGCUCUUGCCGCAACCUGAUUGGUGGAUACCUGUGUGACUGUCUUCCUGGAUGGGCAGGGCCAAACUGUGACAUCAGGAACAGCAGCUGCCAGGGCUUAUGCCUCAAUGGUGGACAUUGUGAGGACCAGAUGUCAGGAUCCAGAUGUUUGUGCCCACCUGGCUUCUCUGGGAAAUACUGCCAAAUCCACCCCGGCCCUUGCGCCAGCGCCCCCUGUCUGCACGGAGGGCGGUGUGCGGAGAAGGGUGAAAGCCCCGCUGCCUGCGACUGCCCUUUGGGAUAUUCUGGAAUCUUUUGUGAGGUAGUGGUGGAUCUGUGUGACCCCAACCCCUGCUUGCAGGGGAUGCCCUGUCACAGCAUCGAUGGCAGGUACAUGUGUGCCUGUCCUGACGGUUACUAUGGCAACGAGUGCCUGAGCAUAAAGAAUCCUUGUUUUGGCCCACACUGUCCAGGUGCCAUGUCAGACUCAAAAGCCGGCAUCAGCUUCUACAUGGUCCUGUUGGGCGUCCUGGCUUUGGUGGUGCUAUGCGGCUGCGCUGCGUGCGCCUUCGUCCUCACCCACCUGCAGCACAAGCGGAAAGAGCAGCAAGCCGUCCCGCAGGAGGAAGCCAUCAACAACCAGCGUGAGUAUGUCAACCUCAUCCGAAACCUGGACUGUCUCGUCCCUCCGCCCCUCCCGCCUCCCGCCGCCCCCCUGGUUCAGUCGCCAACCGGCACGGCCACUGCCACCGUCGCUGUUUCCCCGCACUGCUACGAGGAAAUCGAGCUGACUCUCCCUCCCUCUCCGGCCCCCUCGCACUCGUCCCCUGGGCUGAAGCAGGCUCGUGCCCCAAAAAUGGACAUCUCCAACCGGGAGAGGGAGAAGCUGAAUCGUAUCCACUGCACAGACAACCAGGAAUUACAAGUGUGACCCUUCAAAUCUGAGUCUUAUAUUAUUCUGCAUACUUUGCACUCUCUUGUCACAGGGUCCCCGUUCGUUGUUUGGCCUAUCGUGUCUUUGAGACUCUUCAGAUGAUGUUGUGAGCUUGGACCUUAAAGCCGCAUUUCCACCUAAAGUUCCAGGAACUUUUAGUCCUUGGUACUUUUCUACCAUUUGCACAGCAGCCUGCGGUCCCUGGAAGUAUAUCAGUACAGUAUAUCUUAAAAAGCGGACGAUUUUUCAGAAUUUUCUCACCCUUACGAUCAAAGUCGGUAAAAGCUUGAUUAUCAGAUGUUUAUAAAGGUUUACCCGGAGUGAUCAACCUGUGGUGUGGGGUGUGCUAAGAGUGAUUUUUCAUCCUCACUCUAACCGGCCCGAAUUUGAGCAUUUGAGCACUCCCUUCCAAUAAAAGUAAUCAAAAUACUUCUUAUCGGAUGUCUCUAAUGUCCUGAGCAAUUAUCCUGUUGUCUGGGGUGUGUUAAGAGGGAUUUUUCCUCCCAAAUCUAAUCAGGCCGAAUUUGAGCAUUUUCACCCCCUUCCGUUCCAAAAAGUUCAAUAGCAAUUCCACCUAGAUAAACGUUUGAAAGCAAACCAUUCUGAAAGAUUAAGUACAAAUGUAAUGUACUUAAAAGUUAAAUAUUACUGAACUGUACUUAAAAAUGUACUGUACUAGAUAAUAAAAAAAAAAGGUUUAAGCCACUGUAACGUUAUGUACAGUUUGAACAUUUAAUUCAGUGAUUCUUUCAUGCACCGCUAGAGGAGCCCACACAUCACUGCUCUAAAAAAUAAUCCAGAUCGUAACUGUUAAACCUGUUAAAUAUUUACGAUGGCAUAUACUUAUGAGUGAAGUCAACCCCAAGUUGGGCCCAUCCAUGGACUCCGUUAUUGUGACGUGAAACGAAACAGUUGUCAACAAGAAAGCUCGCUGUAGCUUGUGCUGCUGUCGGACACAAAUAGAGUGGGGACUGGCUGUGUGAGUGUUUUAUAUAAUCUGUCUCAAAAGUCAUUCACCGCAAUAAAAAUGACAAGGAGAAGAAUUGCGACUGAAAUGUAGUUACCAGAGAAGCAAAAAGUUCGCCUCGCUUCUGGUUUGAAGAAGGAGACUCAACGAUUGUCGGUGCGAACUUGGAUUUGUCAUCAUAAAUAUUGAAUAUUUUAGGCUUUUUCUAACUUUGUUUGGAAGGAAAGAAAAAUGCUCAAAUUUGGAUACUUUACAGUGUUCAUGCUAUUCUCAUGCGAUAGGGACCAAGCGAACAUUGAAAAUCCGUGGCACUGAGAUGCUACAAGAUGGGGGAAAAGCACCACAUGAAGCUCCUGAACUUACUUCAACAUAGUUCCUUAACACCAAGAUGCAACAAGGUGGCACCAAAGCAAUAAUUAUAUUUGAGACAGAGCUUUGGCCUGAGCAAAAAAAAAAAACACAAUAUAGGUGAGUUUUUCAGCGGCUAACGGACGAUAGGUUGCAAAAAAAAAUUAGCGACCGCGUAGUGUAAGGGGCGACACUGUACCCCUCUUUAGUAGCGAGUAUGUGAACAGCUGUAGACAAGGUGGAAAAAAAAUGUGGCGAGUCGUCAUCCAUUCAGAUUUGUUGAGCACUGCAGACCCCACCCCAAAUGGUUCUUGAUCCUUUCGAGAGUACUACCCCCCACCAUGGUCUUCUUACACACCAGAACCAAAUUCAGACAUGCAAUGGUCCUCCAAAAGUUCCAGGGUUAAAUUUCCUUUGGUGGAAGUGCGCCUUCCGUGACCUCAGAGUGCCUGAAAAAGUGUCAGUCACAAAAAUGUAGGCUAAGAUCUGAGUGGCCGAUCAAUGGCCGAAUGAAUGGAUGUUUAUUUAAAGUCCAACUGGGCGAAUGUGAGAUUAUUUAAAGCAACCAGCGCGCACGUUGUUAAAUUUACAAGGGGGAAACUUCCUUCCCUUUCCAACACUUUUAACUGGACGUGGGAUUCCAUUUGGCCUGAGUUUGCGCAUGAAAGACUGUACAGUAUAUGAAAUAUGUAAGGACACAAACCUCUGAGUUGUGCUUUAAGGCCUCAUGAAAUGUUUUAAAAGUAAACACUGUUGCCUGUGUCGUCUCUGUGAUGCUACCUUUUUUUCAUUUCACAUGUAAAAUAGUUUUUGUACAUAAAUAUAUUGUACAUAUUGAUGCCUCACUUUUUUUGUACCGUGGUUCAGUCUGAGAGUAUCACUCUUGUUGUUUUACUGACGUUCUGUAAUAAAAGUGCAUUUAACAGUUUG